CGUAGUGCAGCCGGCCGGCCGCGAUGGAGUCCUGGGCGGAGAAGGGGGACGAGGGUGAGAACGUCAGGAUCACCGCCCAGCUGCUGAAGGCCAAGACGGGCGAGUUCGCCCUGGAGUCCAUCCUGCUGCUCAAGCUGCGAGGCCUGGGCAUCUCGGAGCUGGGCUGCCUGGGCGAGUGCGCCAGCCUGGAGUGGCUGGACCUCUCCGGCAACGCCAUCGCCCACCUGGGCCCCCUGGCUGCCCUCAAGUCCCUGGCUGUCCUCAACCUCUCGGCCAACCGCAUCUGCAGCCUGGAGCCACUCGGUGCCUGCGAGAGCCUGCAGAGCCUCAACGUAGCCGGCAACCUGCUGGGCAGCCUGCAGCAGCUGCAGUGCCUGGCGGGGCUGCGCCGGCUGGAGAGCCUGCGUCUGCACGACGCCCGGGCCUGCCUCAGCAACCCCGUCUGCGCCACCGGGGCCUACCGCAGCGCCCUGGGGGACCUGCUCCCCGGCCUCAAGGCCAUCGACGGCGAGAGGGUCUCCGGGCGCGGCAGCGAGCUCUACCAGCUCUGCAGGGACCUGGACAGCUCCCUGGAGCGGGGCGGCAGCGGCGGGGCGGGCAGCCUGGAGCCGCCGGGCACGGCCCUGCCCUGGGUGGAGGAGGGCUACUGGGAGCAGAGGCCGGCUCGGCGCAGCUCCAUCAUGGAGGAGGCCUACAAGCAGUUCAACGACGUGCUGCAGGAGUGCCGGGAGCUGAGCGAGAGGGCAGACGACACCAUCUCCCAGGCGGAGCGGGCCCUGAGCGUCCGCAGCGACCCCAGCUCCUACGUCUUCUGAGCCGCUCGCCGGGCACCACCUGCAGGGGUGAAGCUGGGGAUCGGCCUCCAUCGCCCAGCUCCACGGAGGCCCAUGCUUGAGUCCCCACCUGCAAAGCCCCCUGCCCUCUAGCCCCGGUGCCCUGCCUGCCUGGAAUGAGAGCCCCUUUCUGCCCUCGUCCCCGGCCUUCCUCUGCUGACCACAGCCAGCUUGAGGCCCUGGGGCGCUGGCCCUGGCCCUCAUCCCAAGCUGAUCUGGCUCUGCUCCCAAGCCAGAGUGGCUCCAGGAGCUGACUGGAUGGAGGGGCCCAGCCCCGCAGCGGGGCACACCUGGGUCUGAGCCGAUGAGCCUAGCCACGGAGCCCCAGCACCGGUGUGUGUGGGAGCCCCUGAAGCUGGGCGCCGGUGAGCCUGGGGGCUUUUCCAGAUCUCCCCACAGCACCUCGCCAGUUCCCCUUGGGCCUCUGGUGAGUCUGCUCAGCCGCUGGCAUUGCCCCUGGGCUGAGGCUGCCCCCAUCUCCCUCUGCCCUGGGCUUAAUUCUCAGAUUGCUCCGGAGACAAUUCCACCAGCAGGCACCGUGCGGGCAGCUCAGGGCAAGCGGCCCACCACCAACAGGCAGCGGCCCCGCCUGCUCCAUGGCUCGCUCCCUCGCUCCUUGGCCUCUCAGCUCACAGGGCCAGUGGGGGCCAGAGGCAGAUAGGGGUUUGGGGAGGGGAUCCCCCUGUCCUUCCCUUUGAGUCUCCUUCCUGCAGGCAGCCCGCCAGCUGCCAGCAGGGCCCAGCGUUCAGUCCCUACCGGCCAGGUCCUGGGGGAACCAGUCCCUUCACCAGGGCAGCACCUUCCCUCUCCCAACCCAGUGCCUGUGCAAGAACCGGCCGGCUGACCCCGGUGGCAGAGAGGAGGAGCCGGCAGGGGGGACCUGUAAUCUUUGUGAACCCCCAUCUGCUGGUGAAGGGCAGCUCUGCCAGUGGUGUGGGGCCCUGGCAGCAUCCCCCGCCGGGGAGCGCCAGCCGGGCUUCGGGAUGGUGUGUGCCCUGGCACAUUGCUCUGAGACCUGCCAGGGACUGGGGAUGGCGCGCAGCUGACCCCGUGGGAUUCUUUCUCCAUGCGAGGCUGGCAGGAGCCCUUCCCGGACCCCUCGCAGGAUGGACUAGACUGGAGCAGAGACCAGGGCCAGCCCUGGUGCUGACUGCGGCAAGCAUCCCUGAGCCACUGGGAGGAAGGAGUGCUCAGCCUGCUUCCUGUGGGGCAGGACCCAGGGGAGGAGUGGCGCAAUCCCCUGGACUCGGGAAGGAGGGGACACAGCCUGUGGGUGACCAAGGGGAGGCAGGGCCUGGGAGCUGCCCAUUCCGGCACCAUAGGCCCUGCCUGGUGUGGAAGUGCCGCGGUGCCAUGUGAAGAGAUUUGCCUGUGAAAUAAAUGUCUCCUCUCCUCCCUG